AUGGGUGCUUUCCGCCCUGGGAGGGCGAGGUCCCUCGUCCUGGCCAUGCUCUCUUUGAUCCUUGUAUGCACCGUCUACUUUUAUUGGACCCCGACUACCGCAUCCUCCACCGUCUCCCUAGUCCCGAAUACAGCCUUCGAAGUCCCCCUCACGGAACGCCAAAAGGACUUCUGGAAAGUCCUUCGACCGAUCUUCGAACGGCACAACCCCAACUGUCCUUCUCCGGAUAAACUCGGCGAUGUGGACGCCCAGCAUUUCGAUCCGACGAAUGAGUUGCCGAGGCCCGACCUGACGUCCCUGAGCGAGGAAGAUGAGCGGAAGAUGGAAGAGGCCCAUGCGAGCUUCAUUCAGGAUAUCAAAAACUCGGGCAAGGAGUUGAAGCCUAUUCAUACCCCGGGGAAGCGGGGGUUGGUCUCUACGGCUGGUGCGACGUACCUACCCGUGUUUGUGUCCUCGCUGCGAAUGCUUCGCCGCGCGGGAUCCACGUUACCGGUUGAACUUUACAUGAAGGACGCCAGCGAGCACGAGAAACGUGUUUGCAAUCAAGUGCUUCCUAAACUUGAUGCGCGAUGCUUGGUGUUGGCAGAUGUAGUGGGCAAAAAUAUCAUCGAACACUAUCAACUCAAGAUCUUUGCGGUUCUUUUCUCGUCCUUUGAGGAGAUUGUCUGGAUGGACGCCGACUGCUUCCCCCUUGGCAAACCAGAGGAGCUGCUCGACUCUGAGCCAUUCAAAUCCAAUGGCCUAGUGACCUGGCCCGACUUUUGGGCUUCCUCCGCAUCGCCGCUAUACUACAGGAUCUCACGACAGGAGGCGCCAUCCAUGGCUGCCCGCCAGUCCUCAGAAACAGGGGCUUUCUUGGUCUCUAAGAAAACACAUUUGCUACCACUCCUAUUGGCUGCCUACUACAAUUUCUACGGCCCGUCUCACUACUUCCGCUUGUUAACUCAAGGCGGUCCUGGUGAGGGCGAUAAGGAAACCUUUAUCCAAGCCGCUUCAGCACUUGGUGCACCUUUCUACACUGUCAGUGAGAGGGUCCAAGCUAUCGGACACGCCACUGCAGAUGGCCUGUCUGGAUCAGCCAUGGCGCAGUCAGAUCCCCGCGAGGACUAUGCCUUGACGCAACAAGACAAGUGGCGUGUAAAGGACCAGGCUGUGGCCCAGGCACCACACAUUUUCUGGAUCCACGCAAACUACCCGAAGUUCAAUCCUGGAGACCGGAUCUUCGGUAUGGGAUGGGAAACAACCCCCACGCUGAAAGAAGAUGGUUCGGAUGGACGAGCCUGGACCGCACCCGCGGAAACCGUUGGGAGAUUCGGAUACGAUGUCGAAAAGGCAUACUGGGAGGAAAUCAAAUGGGUCAGCUGUAAUCUGGAGACGGCCUUCAAAACAUGGGAGAACAAAGUGGGCCUGUGCGAGCGAGUCGAGGAGUAUUGGGGCCACGUCUUUGCUGGACCGCAUGACGAUGAUCCCAAGUUUACUCUGGAUGGCUGA